CCUGCGACGUGCGGGACGCACGCAGGGCGGGGCUUCGAGUUCAGUUCUCACAGGCGGGAGACGGAACUGAGGUGGAGAAGCUGUAGGAAAACCGGGUGUGGUCGUACAAGCUUGCAACCCCAGUACUCAGGAGACUGAGGCAGGGGCAGUCAUGAAUUCAUGUCCAGCCUGGGCUACAUAACAAGACCCAGUCCAAAACCUGAGAAGAGUGACUGGAAAAACCAGGAAAAGGCGCUGAAGCUAAGUAGAAGUUGAGUAAAUUCGUCUCAGUCUCACAGAAGUGGUAGAGCCAAGAUUUAAACCCUUCUUAAUCAGCCUUCCCAGGAACCAACGGAUGCCACCCACUGGACCUGCUUUGGGGGUCUGUAAAUGCAGGAGAGCCAUCGGAUAAUUAGCGAUGGAAGAAAAAGCCUCUAAGAGAACAGCAUCCAUACCACAGUUCACCAAUUCUCCCACAAUGGUGAUCAUGGUGGGUUUACCAGCUCGAGGCAAGACCUACAUCUCUACGAAGCUCACACGCUAUCUCAACUGGAUAGGAACACCAACUAAAGUGUUUAAUUUAGGCCAGUAUCGACGAGAGGCAGUGAGCUACAGGAACUAUGAAUUCUUUCUCCCAGACAACAUGGAGGCCCAGCUUAUCAGGAAGCAGUGUGCUCUGGCUGCCCUAAAGGACGUCCAUAAAUAUCUCAGCCGUGAGGAGGGUCAUGUUGCGGUUUUUGAUGCCACCAACACUACCAGAGAGCGACGAUCAUUGAUUCUGCAGUUUGCUAAAGAGCAUGGUUACAAGGUCUUCUUUAUUGAGUCUAUUUGUAAUGACCCUGACAUCAUUGCAGAAAACAUCAAGCAAGUGAAACUAGGCAGUCCUGAUUACAUUGACUGUGAUCAAGAAAAGGUUUUGGAAGACUUUCUUAAGAGAAUUGAGUGCUAUGAGAUCAACUACCAACCCUUGGAUGAGGAAUUGGACAGUCAUCUGUCCUACAUCAAGAUCUUUGACGUGGGCACACGCUACAUGGUAAAUCGAGUGCAGGACCAUGUUCAGAGCCGCACAGCCUACUACCUCAUGAACAUCCAUGUCACACCUCGAUCCAUCUACCUAUGCCGGCAUGGUGAGAGUGAACUCAACCUCAGAGGCCGCAUUGGAGGUGACUCUGGCCUCUCCACUCGGGGCAAACAGUAUGCCUAUGCCCUGGCCAACUUCAUUCAGUCUCAAGGCAUCAGCUCCCUGAAGGUGUGGACUAGCCAUAUGAAGAGGACCAUUCAGACUGCUGAGGCCCUAGGUGUCCCCUAUGAACAGUGGAAAGCCCUGAAUGAGAUUGAUGCGGGUGUCUGUGAGGAGAUGACCUAUGAAGAAAUCCAGGAACACUACCCUGAAGAAUUUGCACUACGGGACCAAGAUAAAUAUCGUUACCGCUAUCCAAAGGGAGAGUCCUAUGAGGAUCUGGUUCAGCGUCUUGAGCCAGUUAUAAUGGAGCUAGAACGACAAGAAAAUGUACUAGUGAUCUGUCACCAGGCUGUCAUGCGGUGUCUCCUGGCAUACUUCCUGGAUAAAAGUUCAGAUGAGCUGCCCUAUCUCAAGUGUCCUCUGCACACAGUGCUCAAACUCACACCUGUGGCUUAUGGCUGCCGAGUGGAGUCCAUCUACCUGAAUGUGGAAGCUGUGAACACACACCGGGACAAGCCUGAGAAUGUGGACAUCACCCGUGAACCUGAGGAAGCCCUGGACACUGUCCCUGCCCAUUACUGAAUCCUUUCCAAGUGGUCAGAUUGCCUCUGUCCUCGUUGCUUUCCUCCUGUAGGAACUGCUGCCCUUGUUCUCCCUAAGCAGACUCUGGCUUUGUCCUGAGAGUGCCCUACCUCCAGUGAAGAAGUCCGUAGCAGCUCCCAAACAAGUCUCAAUUCCUAAGGAGCCUACUUAGUCAUGGAUAAAGUUCUUCUUAAAUAACUAUUUUCUAAUGAAUAAAGAUGUGUCUUCCCACCUAUAGGACAGGAAGAGGCUAUAUGGCUUCUCCCAUUGUUCUCAAGAGCCUGAUUCUUACCCAACUCUGGUACUGUUGGUGAAGAAUGGGUGAGGACGUCUGAGAUCAAAGAGUCCUGGGGUAGCACUCUCAAAGAUGGAAAAGAUAGGUCCUUGUGAGUUCCUGUUGGUUUUGUUCCUUGGCAGUCAAGUUACUCGGGGACAAGAUGUAUUCAUUAUUAUACUCAGAGAAGAAUCUAGCACUUGGGCUAAGAGCUUCAGUCUCCUCCAACUCUUGCUACUAUCCUGAGUAAUUUAAUUGCCUAUGUUAUUGCCUAUGUUAAUGAUGCCAUUAACACCCUCCCUCCCUCCCAGAGAUGUGACCCCGUCAACUUCAGUGGUUAUCUGUUUUCAUUUGUGGGAUCCUCUCUCUGGGCUAACUUACUGGCUGGAAGCUUCCAGUUCAUUCAAGUCUGUAAAAUUUUAUCAUCCUUAAGACAUUAGCAGUAUGCCUCCACACCAUAGGCAUUCAUGUAGUAUUUCCUAAAUGAACAGUAUCUGCCCUUGUUCAUCAGUAUGUUCCUUUUGAGCUCUCCUUUGUCUCCUAGUUCUUUAGUCUCUCAAUAUUCUUGUAAUCCCUAACCAACUUGGACCUACUUCUUCAGCCACACUAGCCAUACACUAAUCAUUAUGGGCCAGGUUCUAGUGCCCAUGUGAUAAACAGACUCAUAACCUGGCUGCCACCGCCUUUGUUCCCUAGUCCUUUCAUCACAACCACCUAGUAAGAGCCAAGCCUUGAAUCAUCACACCUUUUUUUUCUGGGAUCUACUAGGGUUGUAGAUCACUACUUGAAACAGGUCUAUUUAUCUACUCCUACAUAGCCACCCUUGAAUCCUGUUCAAAGUCGGGGUCACCCUGUAUUUUCUGGCACCCUGUCCCUUUCCACUGUCUCAUACUACUUCAGUCAAUUCCUGACUCGUACAUAUUAAUCCCCUGCCUCUCAUUUGGCUUUGGCCCUACAGUCCACAUUUAUUUUUCUUUCCUAUCCCAAGAGAAUGUCUUCUUGCUCCCACGUCAACUCCUAAUUCCUUCCCUUCUUAUCCCUCUAUUCUUAUACAAUUACCCCAAGUUAGUGUGAAUUUACUAUCCAUAGCUCUUUCUGUUUGCAUUCUACCUUGGGCUUCCCCCUUCCAUAUCUUUGCUCAAGCUAUUAUCCCUUGGCCUGCCAGGGAUACUUUCCCAGAGCUCUCUGACUCUGAGAAAUACCUACCUUUUAGCUGGAGCCCCAGAGUCCCCAAAAAGCUAAGUUGAACUCUAGUUGUUCUACAAACCCUGAACAUCACAUCUAGCCAUAUCAAAAGAUGGAAUAAACUCAGAUUCCUUUGGCAAAUUUAAUGUAACUCUGAUACCAAAAUAUGACAACAACACAGGAAGCAAACACAAAGCAGGAACAGCAGAUUUUUCAUAGUGUUUCACUCAGCUAAUGGGUAGUAGCUGCUUAGGCUGCUGUGUGGACAGAGAUUCCAAAGCUGCACAUUGGCUCCAUGGGAAGUACUGCUGUGUUAGUGUUAUCUGUAAACAUGGGUAACAAACCUGAAAAACAGAGCAGAAUACCCAGAGACAUGUUAGCACCAGGCCCAUUUCCUCCCGUUUCCUUUCUUGUCUUCAUCUUCUCCCUUGGUCCUCCUGUCUUAGGGUUUCUUCUAGUAGCUCCCAACUAUCAUAGCUUCCCCGUGGGUCCUGGCUAUGGGAAUAUUGCACUUACCUGAAACUUCAUUAGCCGUAAGAGAAGCCACAGGCACCCAGGUUAGUGGCUCCACCACCGAAGCCAGUACCGGUGCUUGGUCCACCGCCGAAUCCAGCACUGCUGUUCAGUCCACCACCAAAGCCAGCACUGCUGCUCAGUCCACCACCGAAGCCAGUACUGGUACUCAGUCCCCCACCGAAGCUAGGUGCAGUGCUUGGUCCUCCGAAGCCAGGUGCAGUGCUUGGUCCGCCAAAGCCAGCUCCUGUACUUGGUCCACCACCAAAGCCACCAGUGCUUGGUCCACUGCAGAAGCCAGCACCAGUGCCUGGUCCACCACUAAAGCCAACAAUAGAACUGGGUCCAUUACUGAAGCUGGAGCCGGCGCUGGGCUCACCAGUAAAGCCACUGCUGGUGUUGGAAUCACUGCCAAAGCCAAUGAUGGUAUUCAGUCCUCUGUCGAAGCUGGCAUUAGGCCCACUGCCAAAGCCAUCGCCAGUGCUGAGGCUUACACUAAAGCCUGCACCAGUGCCAAGUGUGCCGCCAAAACCAUUAUUGGUACUCAGGUCACCAGCAAAGCCAUUAGUGACCAGGCCACCACCAAAGCCAGUGCCGCUGCCAAGUCCAUCACCAAAGCCAGCACUAGUGCCCAGUCCACCACCAAAAUCAGUGCUAGUGUUUAGUCCACCAUCGAAGCCAGCACUGGUACCCAGUCCCCCACUGAAGUCAGCAUUAGGACUUAGUCCACCACCAAAAUCAGUGCUGGUGCCUAGUCCACCACCAAAGCCAGUGCUGGUGCCCAGGCCACCAUUGAAGCUAGCACUGGGGCCUAAGCUUCCACCAAAGCCGGUGCUGGUACCUAGGCUGCUGCCAAAGCCAGCACUGGUGCCCAAUCCAUUUCCAAAGCCAGCACUGGUACUUAGCCCAUUCCCAAAACUGAAAAUGGCACUGGUGCUGUGCCCCUCACUGUAAUUGGCACUGGUAGCACCACUAAAGCAGGAGUUGGUGCUGGAAGAGCCUCCAAAGCAUAGGUUGGUGUUAGAUGCACUGCCAAAACAGAGACUGGUGCUGGGUGCUCCACCAAAACAGAGAUUAGUGCUGUGAGAACCACCAAAGCUGCCGCUGGUGGUGGGAGCACUGCCAAAGCUAAUACUGC